GAUGCAACGCUUUUGGGCGAUGGCGCCGGCAACAAGGUUCCAAUUGCCAAGACAAGAUUUUCCAUCGCGGCUUUGGUUUCUUCCAUUCAAAUCCAGAUGCUUGUCUACCCGAACCGAGGUGGUGAGAUUUAAAACACCAGGCGAUAGAAAUCUCAUCCCACACUCUGCUCCUCCCACUUCCCGGGACUAUGAACUCCUUUCCAACUUCUUACAAAACAGCAAGAAGCUGACCGUGAUAACUGGCGCCGGUGUGAGCACCGAGUCUGGAAUUCCAGACUAUAGAGGUCCACAAGGAGCUUAUAGCACAGGUUUCAAGCCAAUAACUCACCAGGAAUUUCUUAAGUCCGCUUAUAGCAGGAGACGGUACUGGGCUCGCAGCUACAUUGGCUGGAGACGAUUUUCGCAAACUCAACCAGGUCCAAGUCACAUUGCUCUCGCAAAGCUCGAGGGAGACGACGCACGAACCACGGGGAUGAUCACGCAAAACGUUGACAGGUUGAUCCAAUACUUUCAUGAGAUUUCUCGAUCGAUCGACGAUCUUCCACUGUUUUUUCUCGUUUCUCCUCAUAGAUUGCAUCACAAAGCCGGGAGCAAUCCCAUCGAGCUGCACGGAACAACGCACCAAGUCGUGUGCCUGAGCUGCGGCGAUUUAAGUCCCAGACAAACUUUCCAGGACCGCUUGAAACUUCUCAACUUGGAGUGGGCAGCGGCCGUGGAGAUUGUGGAAAGCGGUGGAGUCGUCGGGUCGGAUGUGAGCUUUGGAAUGCAGCAGCGACCGGAUGGCGACAUAGAAAUCGACGACAGCGUCUUCUCCAGGGAUGAUUUCCAGAUCCCGGCAUGCCAGGCCUGUGGUGGAAACUUGAAGCCUCACGUGGUUUUCUUCGGAGAUAACGUUCCUUUAGAUCGAGCUCGAGCUGCUGCAAGCAUGGUUCAAGAGUCGGAUGCUUUACUCAUCGUUGGCUCGUCUGUAAUGGUUUUAUCGGCCUUUCGUCUUGUGAGUGCCGCUCAUAAGCAAGGCUCUCCCAUCGCCGUAAUCAACGUCGGAAAAACUAGAGCCGACGAGAUUGCUUCCUUCAAGAUCGAGAGCUGCGCUGGUGAAGUUUUGUCCGGGUUUUUAUCGACGCAAACUCUGAAAGGCAAAAUGUAAGAUCAAAACUAUUUCUUAUUAAAUUGUGCCAAGAUGUAUACCAAGUAUGAGACUUAAACAUUGUCAUUAAUCAAUGAAAGAGAAAAAAUCUGUAAUGAUGCGAA